CCGGACUGGCGGUGGUUUCCGGUUCCGCGGGGCUGGCGGGCGGGCGGGCGGCCGGGAGCAGCGGCGGCGGCGCCUGACAGACAAUGAGGGCGGCAGGGAGGCGCUGAGCGGCGGCAGCGGCGGCGGCGAGCGACGCGGGGCCCGGGGGCGGGGCUGGGCGGCAGCCAUGGACAAUCAGUGCACUGUCCAGGUCAAGUUAGAGCUGGGACACCGGGCCCAACUGCGCAAGAAACCCACCACGGAGGGGUUCACGCACGAUUGGAUGGUGUUCGUCCGUGGCCCCGAGCAAUGUGAAAUCCAGCACUUCGUGGAGAAGGUGGUCUUCCGGCUGCAUGACAGCUUCCCCAAGCCCAAGCGCGUGUGUAAGGAGCCCCCGUACAAAGUGGAGGAGUCGGGUUAUGCUGGCUUCAUCAUGCCCAUCGAGGUGUACUUCAAAAACAAGGAGGAGCCGAGGAAGGUUUGCUUCACCUAUGACCUGUUCCUGAACCUAGAGGGCAACCCACCUGUAAACCACCUGCGCUGUGAGAAGCUCACCUUCAACAACCCCACCAUUGAGUUCCGGUACAAGCUCCUGAUGGCUGGCGGGGUGAUGGUAAUGCCCGAAGGAGCAGAAACGGUGUCCAGGCCCAGUCCUGACUACCCCAUGUUACCCACAAUUCCACUCUCUGCCUUCUCUGACCCCAAGAAGACCAAACCGUCCCACGGCUCCAAGGAUGCCAGCAGGGAGAGCGGCAAGGCCUGCAAGGCCCACAAGACGGCCAAGGAGCAUCGGGAGCGGCCACGCAAAGACUCGGAGAGCAAGGGCCCCUCUAAGGAGCCAGAGCGUGAGCAGGCCCGGAGUGCCAAGGACGCCUCACGGAAGCUGGUUGAGGGUCGGCCACCCAAGGAGGAGAAGGCCCCACCUCCCAAGACCGCAUUUAAGGAGCCCAAGAUGGCCCUGAAGGAGACCAAACUGGAGAGCCUGUCCCCCAAGGGUGGCCCCCUGCCACCCCCCGCACCCAAGUCUUCCAGUAAGCGGCCGGCCACCGCUGACUCACCCAAGCCCAGUGCCAAAAAGCAGAAGAAGAGCAGCUCCAAGGGGUCUAGGAGCGCCCCUGGCACUUCGCCCCGCACCUCGUCUUCCUCCUUCUCUGACAAAAAAUCAGCCAAGGACAAGGGCAGCGCCAAAGUGGAGAAGAUCAAAGCUGAGAGUGAGCCCCGGGAGAUCAAAAAACCCCCAGAAGUGGAGGAGUCCAACUCGGAGGACGAGGCCUCCUUCAAGACAGAGUCCGCCCAGUCGAGCCCAUCCAACUCCAGCUCCAGCUCUGACUCCAGUUCAGAUUCAGAUUUUGAGCCAUCUCAGAACCACAGUCAAGGACCCCUGCGCUCCAUGGUGGAGGACCUGCAAUCCGAGGAGUCCGAUGAGGAUGACUCUUCAUCAGGAGAGGAGGCUGCCGGCAAGACGAAUGCAGGGAGGGAUUCCAGGUUGAGCUUCAGUGACAGCGACAGCGACAACAGUGCUGACUCCUGCCUGCCCAGCCGUGAGCCCCCUGCCCCCAAGAAGCCACCCCCACCCAACAGCAAGGUAUCAGGCCGGAGGAGCCCCGAGUCCUGCAGCAAGCCUGAGAAGAUCCUCAAGAGGGGCACCUAUGACAAGGCCUACACAGAUGAACUGGUCGAGCUACACCGGAGGCUGAUGGCCCUGCGGGAGCGCAACGUGUUGCAGCAGAUCGUGAACCUGAUCGAGGAGACUGGCCACUUCAAUGUCACCAAUACCACCUUUGACUUUGACCUCUUCUCCCUGGAUGAGACCACCGUGCGUAAGCUGCAGAGCUACCUGGAGGCCGUGGCCACAUGACCCUGGGCCGGGUGCCGGGCCCCUGUCAUCAGGGUCCCGGGAGGCCACAUCCGGACCCCGCCUGCCUUUCUCUUUCUCGACUCACUCGCCCGCAGCACUGCCUUAGUGACCGCCCUGUCCUCGGCCCACAGGGCCAGCUGCACUUUCCUCAUUGGCUCCCGGCCUGCCCUCCCCACCAGUUCACCGGGAGCCCUGAGGCCGAGGGGGGUCAGGCCGGCGCUGCUGCUGCUCCCUGACACUCAGGGGCUAUCACCUGGGUCCCCCUUGGAAAGUGGCUUGUGUUGAAGGCAGCACUGGGCCUCAUUCCUGUAUAGGGGAGGAAGUGUGCCCAGCGGUGGGAGCCUUGCUCCAUCUUGGGGCAUGUGGCACAUGCCUCUCUGAGCAUCUGGAACACCACCUCCAGCCUCCCCAAACGGUUCAGACACACCGCACCCCAGGACCUCAGGGUCCAGCUGCUCCAGGCCAGGCCUUGGCUCGUCCUCCAAGUGAGCUGGAUGCAGCCCCUCUCUUGGCUCUCACUGUGCUGAGACUCCAUGCUGUAUAGUUGUCUCUCUAUUAUAUAUGUAUGUGUGCACUGUAGGUACCAGAGCGGUUUCUGGGUGUGCAUUUCUGUGGCAGCAGUGCACGUGGGGGGUGGGGGGUGAGUAAGGUGGGACUUUUAGGUUAAGAUGUCUCCACUGGUCUUGUCGUUGGGCUAGAGGCCGAGCCGGAGCGCCAACUGGUUUUCUCCAAGUGCAGGGAGGAUCCUCCCUCAGUGGUACAAGGACGCCUCGUCCUCCUCCCAGGACUCAAAAGGCACAGCCCAGGGGCCGUGAACACUACGAUGGAGCAGUAGGUCCUCAGGCGCCUGGUCAGACUGGCAGCUGUCUCCAGGAGCAGAUCUCCCGGGCCUCAGCCUCUCCUUUCUUCCAUAGGAUCCUCUUCCUCCUUUCUGUUGAUUGAGUCUUCAAAUCUUGAAAAAAAAUGAGCUUUUGCCAAAUAAGAUAUGAUAGUUUGUGGAGUAUUUUCAAGGAGUGUCAGGACUCAGAGCCAGCUCCUUGUUCCUGGGCCCUGCCCAGGCCCUCCUGGGCCCUCAUGGGCCCUCAUGGGCAUGCUUGUCUCUCUCUGGUUUGGGCUUAGCCCUCCGACACCUGCCGUUCAAACUUGUCCAGAGCCCUGAGACUUAAUUCCUCGAACGCCUGAGAUUCUCCAAGGGCCAGGCCAGUUCCUCCUCCCUCUGGCCCACCUUCCAGGGUCAGAGUGCCCUCAUGGAGUCAGCCCACCUUAGGUGGGGCUCCUCGAGAGCCUGUUUGCUCAGCCUCUGUUCCCCCAGACUUUGACUCAAGGCUCCUCUAGCCCCCUCCCCCAACUUUUGCCCUGAACAACAUGUGGGGAAGAAGACUGUGGGCCCAGAGGUGGGCUCACCUUCUCUCUCCAACCCACUGUCAGACAGCCCCUCUCCCCAGUUCCUGAGUUCUGAUGUGGGGAGCGCCAUGCUCCUGUUCCCUGUGGCCCCUGAUUCUCAUGUUCGUGCUCUGAUUCCGUCUGUCAGGCAGACCCUGAACACUCCCUGGUGAUCCCCACCUGCAAGGCUUCCCUGAACUCCAGCCUUCCUGGUGAGAUCUCC